AUGAACGCGAAUGAGAGUCUGGAGGUGGAAGAGAUUGAUGUUCAGAAGGUUGAGAGGGUUUAUAGGAAGAUUGAUCGUCGCAUCAUACCAGCCUUCUGGAUCCUCUACUUCCUCUGCUCAGCAAUUCGCUCCAAUGUCGGUCUCGCUCAAACCAUGAACUCCUCCUCAGGUCACGACCUCGAACAAGUGCUCCACUUGACCGCAAAACAGACUUCCACAGCUUUAGCACUGUUCUAUGUAGCUUACGUCGUGUUUGAUUUCCCGAGUAAUCUUAUCAUGACGAGGUUAAGUCCUAGGGUGUGGAUGAGUCGGAUUGUGCUUGCGGUAGGGAUUAUUGGGGCGUGUUUUGCGGCUGUGAAGGCGGCUUGGAGCUUGUUACUUUUGAGAUUCCUGCUAGGAGUCGUGAUUGCCGGUAUGUGGCCAGGCAUGGCAUACUACCUCACGCUCUUCUACCCACCUUCCCGCACCGGAAAACGAAUCGGGCAGUACUUCACAGCUGCUCAAGUUUCAGCAGCUGUCGUAGGACUUGUCUCUGCGGGUUUCCAAAAAAUGGACGGCUUGGGUGGACUCGUAGGUUUCCAGUGGAUGUUCUUGCUCUAUGGACUAUGUGCUGUUAUCCUUGGCUUCGUCCUCUUAUGGUGGUUACCGGAUAGACCGUUGCCUCCUGGAGAACGGAGACAGAGGACUGGGUUAAUGAAGUGGCUUCCUGCUACUCCACCUGUUCUUACUGGCGAGGAUGCGGAGAUUCACUACCGGGAUCUCACUAGGGUCUAUCAUCCGCGACCUUGGAACUUUAAGGAUCUUGGGUUGGUGCUGAUUGAUUGGCGGCUCUGGCCAUUGGUUCUCAUGUACUUUGGAGUUGUGGGUGUGGGUAUUGGAACUCAGCUCUACGGGACAGUCAUCAUAUCUGGGAUCAAUCCAGACUUCUCGGGCAUCACCUUGAGUUUGCUCUUCGCCCCUAUCUGGGUGAUGGAUCUCAUCGCAAUCCUCCUCGUAACACCAAUCUCAGAUCGUUUCCACCAUCACCGAGCCCUCUUCUUCUCUCUAGCCGUCUGCAUUCAAAUCGCCGGUCUCCUCACCACCACCUUCGCUCCUCAUUCUCAACCCUGGGCCCGUUACGGCGGUCUCCUGAUGGUAGGCUUCGGUCUCGGCCCCACAGUCCCCAUCUGCAUGACCUGGACAAACGAGAUCUUCCAACGGCGCCACGGCGAAGUCGGCGUCGCCGCCGCCUCAGCUCUAGUCUCUGGUCUCGGCAACCUAGGUAGUAUCAUGACUACUUACGCUUUAUAUACCGGAUGGCCAGAAGACGCUAAGGAAGGACCGCAUCAAUACCGCAAGAGCAAUCUGACCAUGAUUGGGAUCUUGUGCUUGAGUAUUGUUAGCAGUAUCGUCAUGACGGUACUCCUCAAACUCGUAGGCAACAAGCCUAGCUCCAAGAUCCAAAGCAGUGGCAGCUCUGCUUCCGAAGGCGAGCAAUUCCAAGACGCGGCCGCGAGACGAGAACUACAGCAACGCGGAUUCGGCAGGAUGUGGUGGAGCAAGUAA